AUGAAGCUCGUCAGGUUCCUCAUGAAAUGCCAGAACGAGACUGUCACAGUCGAGCUCAAGAACGGCACCAUUGUCAAUGGCACCAUCGCCUCCGUUUCGCCGCUCAUGAACGUUGCGCUACGAGCCGUCAAAUACACACCUAAGAACCGAGACACCGUAACCCUCGACACCAUGACCGUGCGCGGUUCGACAGUCCGUUACAUCAUCCUCCCAGAUUCGCUGCCUCUGGACACAUUGUUGAUCGAUGAUGCGCCAAAGCCCAAGAACAAGGCCAGGAAAGAGGCGGAACGAGGUGGUCGUGGUGGUGGUGGCGACAGAGGGCGUGGCGGAAGGGGUCGUGGCGGACGUGGAGGAGGCCGUGGCCGUGGUCGUGGCCGAGGAUUCUAG